AUGGUUGAAAAAGUUCUAAUAAUUGGCCUGCUGUGGGCAUGUGUGAAUGUGUGUCAAUGUGAGCCUGCCAUGUUUGGGAAGGUGUCUUCUCCACAGUACCCUCAGCCGUAUCCAGCAAAUAUCUUGGAACAGUGGGACCUGGAGGUGCAGCAGGGAUACCAGAUCCAGCUAACAUUCAAUCACCUGGACAUUGAGCCCUCUCCAAACUGUUGCCAUGAUUCUCUCAAAGUUGUGUCUGAUAAGAAGGUUCUGUGGAAGUUUUGUGGCCAGAAUUCCACAGACAGGUUUCACCCUGGUAACAAGCCCAUCAUGGUGUCUGCUAACCGUCUCCAGCUCUUUUUUCUAACUGAUGAUUCAAACCCCAAAUCACACAUGGGAUUUAAUGCAUCAUACCAGGCUGUUGCCGUGGAUUGUGGCAAUCCAGAGCUUCCUGAAUUAGUGGAGCUAUCAGAAAAAGAUCCUCCAACAACUUAUCUGAAACAAAUCAGAUUCAAGUGCAAAUCUCAGUAUUAUCAACUGGAUAAAACUGGUAAUUUUACCUGUAAUGCUGAUGGUAAUUGGGUGUCUGAGAGUGGUCAAAAAUUAACAGAAGAUUUGCCUAAAUGUGAACCAGUGUGUGGAAUGAAUUCAGAGGUCUCUUUUGGUGGCAGAGUCUUUGGUGGGAAACCUGCCGCACUGGGGCAGAUUCCCUGGCAGAUCUUACAUAGGUCAACUCCCAGAGGUGGUGCGUCUCUGAUCAGUGAUUACUGGGCUCUAACAGCUGCUCAUAUGGUAGAUGGAUAUGAAGACAACACUAUGAGUUGGUUAGGAGGACUAAUUGAUAGUCAGGACAAAAACGCAGUCAUUAUGGAGACAGAGAAGAUCAUAAUUCACCCAAAUUAUCAGAAAGUUGGUAAAAAUGUAAAACCAAACAAAUUUGAUAAUGACAUUGCACUCAUCAAAAUGUCUGCCAGGGUGACACUCGGUCCAAACAUCAGGCCAGUGUGUCUGCCAAACAAAACAGAUGAACUUGUGGCGGAGGGCACAAUCUCAGGUUUUGGUAGAAUGGAAGAAAAAAUGAGUCGAUAUCUGCUUCAUGGAGUUGUUGAGAUAUAUUCACUUGAUAAAUGUGAUUCAAGAGGUUUACCUGUCACUCAUAACAUGUUUUGUGCUGGAGGAGAUAAUAUAGACAGUUGUCAAGGUGACGGUGGAGGUCCUUUGUUUUCCCCUGUUCUGGGCUAUGGGUCUCCAGACAAGCCUUAUCGUCUCGCAGGCAUUGUAUCAUGGGGUCCUCCUGGAUGUGGAAAUAAAAGCUUCAAGGGCUACUAUACUAAAGUACAAAACUACUUGGAUUGGAUCCAAGAAACCAUGGAAAAAAACUAACAUCAGCGUACUAAAAUUAUAUUCA